AAGGAAUUUGGAAUUAAAAUAUCAAGAGAGAGAGUGAAUGAAUCUCAAUUCAACAUCUCAGUGUGAAUUAUGGUGUUAGAGCUACCGAAAGUGUGGACAAGUAUUUAGACAUGAUUUGGAGAAAUUAUCGCUCAAUUCUAAUUCUAAUCUGCUUCAUUAGUAUUGUCCACUGCGUGCCACUCAAUAAUAAUGAACAAGCGCCGUUUAUGGGAAAUUCAAUCAUGACACCAAAUAAGACGAGCGACGUGGAUUUGAAUUCACUGGACUUACUGAUGGGAACAUUUAGUCUUCUUCAGCGCUACCAAGUGUGCACUGCCCCGGACGGCAGGAAGGGUCGCUGCAUGCACUCCAGGCACUGCACUGCCUUCAACACCCAGCAGAAUAUUGGGGAGGUGAUGGGGUACUUGUGUGUGAUUGAACAGACCUCCAUUGGCGUGUGCUGUGUCGAGAACGUGACCAGACUGAGCUUUGGCGACACGGUAGAUCCGCCGUCUGAGGGAAGGAUUGUCAACCGACCUGAGGAGCGUGGGUGUGGGGUGUCUACUGGUCAGUUUCCCAAGAUAAGUGGCGGACGUCCUGCCCAUCCAACCGAGUGGCCUUGGAUGGCAGCCCUGCUCACCAGAGGAUACACUAAAGCAUUCGGCGGCGGAGCUCUCAUCACAGACAGACACGUACUCACGGCUGCCCACUGCACUGACGGCCUGAAGGCAGAAGAGCUUUUCGUGCGCCUCGGCGAGUAUGACUUUAGCAAGCGAGAUGAGACAAGAGCGAGAGAUUUUCGAGUGGCAGAAAUUCGCGAACACGAGGACUAUGAUACUAUUACGUAUGAGAACGACAUUGCCAUCGUGAAGCUCCAGAGGCCCACCCUUUUCAAUACCUACAUUUGGCCCAUUUGCUUGCCGCCAAUUGGGGAAACGUGGGAAGGACACAAUGCUGCAGUGGCAGGAUGGGGCACGCAAUUCUUCGGUGGGCCACAGUCUGACGUGCUUAUGGAGGUCUCCAUGCCAAUCUGGAAGCAGUCUGACUGUGUGGCCGCUUAUGCUAACCGCAUUGAAAGUUCAUCCAUGUGCGCUGGUGGCCGCCAGGAUGGCAAGGAUUCCUGUCAAUCAGACAGUGGAGCUCCUCUAAUGGUGAUGCUCCCCAAUCGCCGCUGGGUCGUCGUCGGCGUCGUCUCUUGGGGUGUGCAAUGCGGCCAACCUGGCCGACCCGGCGUCUACACCCGCGUGACUUCCUACAUCGAUUGGAUCGUGGAGAAUGCAGUGUUUUAAAACUCUAACGCUUCAGAACGCUUCAUCACAGAAUAUAUUGAAUUUCCCAGUUUUCUCGCAGAGAGCUUAGAGAGUGAAAAUAAA